AUGACGCAUGAAGCAGCAAAACAUGGUAUUAAUACCAUUCAACCAUUCAUUAAUUUAAACCCAUCCGGUGCCGAAAAACGAGAUCAUUUGGUAACAUCGAUGUCAGGAAUAACGAUGUCAGAAAUAACGAUGUCAGAAAUAACGAUUUCACUCUGUCAUACCGACGUUCGCAAAUUCUCAAGGUCUGUCUCUCUACCCUCGAAUUAUCGAGUCCAAAAAAGAUUUCCUAUUGUUGGUCUGAGACCAUGA